CAGAUUUCCAUAUUCGGAUCAUUGCUAACACAUUGAUAACGCCCUACUCUUGCGCUCGAACGACCAUCUAUCCGAAGUAUGAUAGGUCUUACAGAGAUGAGCGAGGUUCUAGGAUAUACCUCAAUCGUAUGCUGGUUGGGUGCACAAUUUCCCCAGGUAGUCGAGAACUAUCAGCGUCACUCCUGCGAAGGCCUUGCUCUCCCAUUUCUUGCCAAUUGGCUCCUUGGGGACUUCUCGAACUUGGUCGGCUGUAUUCUCACUCAUCAAUUACCUUUUCAAACGUGGCUUGCGACAUACUUUGUGUUCGUCGAUUGCGCCCUCGUCGGCCAAUACGCAUACUAUCAGUGGUGGCUCAAACCUCCGUUACAAACCCACAUCAAGACCCGUUCUGCGUCCGGGCAUAGGCGCCGAGGAUCUAUUAGUGUCCUUGGGUCAAGACCUCGCUAUCGCACUUUGUCAGCAGUUGCUGCAAACGUGGCGGCAUCGGCCGCUCUAGUAGCUCAACAAGAUCAAGUUCGAGAAUACCGCGAGCAGGGUACCGUACUUCGUCAUGACUCAAGGUUCAUAGGGAGUACCACGAAUAUUAUCUCGGGGGAAGUCUAUGAUGAGGACGGUGUUGAUGAUAGUUUCAAUGCGUUGGCCGAUAGUUUCCAUUCUGAAGGGGGUCGGAAUAUCGGUCGUAAGCGUGUUUCUUGGAGCGUAGAACGUCAUGGCGGAAGGGUUGGUGGUGCUGGUCAACAAUUCCAACGAUACGGAACGCUGCAUGCCAGUGGCACAGCAGCCGAACAUGAAGAGGCUUCAGCAGCAAUCACACCGACUAUCAAACAUAAACCUAUCACAAGUAGUCAAAGUGCCGGCCUCGCGUUCUUGAGCAUCUUCGCUCUCUUCAGUGUCGGUAACUUGGUCGGACACAAGUCCAACAUGGGUUUCGUUAUCGCUCCGCGAACCAUCCGAAUACAAAACGACCUUCUACCCCCACGAUCCACAUCAAGUUCCCUCCAUCCCCCACUUCCAAUAGACUUCGAUCGGUUCAGUCCUUAUCCUCCAUCGGAAGAAGGCGUCAGCGAUUCUUCACAUGUAACAUUACAAAUACCCAGCAGCAUUGCUUCGAUGAAGAAUUCAGAAGCCUCCAAAACACGCAUCAUCGGGCGAAUCUUUGCCUGGCUCUGUACCACACUCUAUCUGACUUCCCGACUACCUCAAAUAUGGAAAAACUUUUCGCGGAAGUCAGUUGAAGGACUAUCAGUGUACCUUUUCAUCUUUGCCUUCCUUGGGAAUUUGUUCUAUGUACUGUCCAUCUUGAGCAAUCCAAAUGCACACCAGCCGUUACCGGCGUCGCGAGAGUUCAUCAAAGAGAGUAUACCAUAUCUCCUUGGAAGUGGUGGAACGUUUAUCUUUGACGUUACCAUCGUCCUGCAGACUGUUAUAUAUCGCCGCAAACCACGCAGUAUACGCCGUGGCCGUCGUCGGAGCAUAGUGGUAAGAGAGGAAGAAAGCGGUUUGCUAGCGGGGGAUUCGCCUGAACAUCAUCCAUACGAAUCGAGCACUGGCGAUUAAUCAGUGGUGGACAGGACAUCUGGUAUUCACCGUACUCUAUAGCUGGUACCAUCUACUUGUACUAAAUAAUAAUACGUUGCAUUGUUCUGACAAAUUUACCGGUUC